AUGAAUGGGGGGCCCCAUGGAGGUCACGCCCCAGAGCACAUGCCCUGCGUGCCCGCCAGUCCUACUACCCCCAGCCAGUCCUACUACCCCCAGCCAGUCCUACUACCCCCCAGCCAGUCCUACUACCCCCCAGCCAGUCCUACUACCCCCCAGCCAGUCAUACUAUCCCCCAGACAGUCCUACUACCCCCCAGCCAGUCAUACUAUCCCCAGCCAGUCCUACUACCCCCAGACAGUCCUACUACCCCCAGCCAGUCCUACUACCCCCAGCCAGUCCUACUACCCCCAGACAGUCCUACUACCCCCAGCCAGUCCUACUCACCCCCAGCCAGUCCUACUCACCCCCAGCCAGUCCUACUACCCCCAGCCAGUCCUACUACCCCCAGCCAGUCCUACUACCCCCAGCCAGUCCUACUACCCCCAGACAGUCCUACUACCCCCAGCCAGUCCUACUCACCCCCAGCCAGUCCUACUACCCCCAGACAGUCCUACUACCCCCAGCCAGUCCUACUCACCCCCAGCCAGUCCUACUACCCCCAGCCAGUCCUACUACCCCCAGACAGUCCUACUACCCCCAGACAGUCCUACUACCCCCAGCCAGUCCUACUACCCCCAGACAGUCCUACUACCCCCAGCCAGUCCUACUCACCCCCAGCCAGUCCUACUACCCCCAGACAGUCCUACUACCCCCCCCAGCCAGUCCUACUACCCCCCAGCCAGUCCUACUACCCCCAGCCAGUCCUACUACCCCCAGCCAGUCCUACUACCCCCAGACAGUCCUACUACCCCCAGACAGUCCUACUAUCCCCAGCCAGUCCUACUACCCCCAGCCAGUCCUACUCACCCCCAGCCAGUCCUACUACCCCCAGCCAGUCCUACUACCCCCCAGCCAGUCCUACUACCCCCAGCCAGUCCUACUAUCCCCAGCCAGUCCUACUCACCCCCAGCCAGUCCUACUACCCCCAGACAGUCCUACUAUCCCCCAGACAGUCCUACUACCCCCAGACAGUCCUACUACCCCCCAGACAGUCCUACUACCCCCAGCCAGUCCUACUACCCCCAGACAGUCCUACUAUCCCCAGCCAGUCCUACUCACCCCCAGCCAGUCAUACUACCCCCAGCCAGUCCUAGUACCCCCAGCCAGUCCUACUACCCCCAGCCAGUCCUAGUACCCCCAGCCAGGCCUACUACCCCCCAGCCAGUCCUACUACCCCCCAGCCAGUCCUACUACCCCCCAGACAGUCCUACUAUCCCCAGCCAGUCCUACUCACCCCCAGCCAGUCAUACUAUCCCCAGCCAGUCCUACUACCCCCAGCCAGUCCUACUACCCCCAGACAGUCCUACUAUCCCCAGCCAGUCCUACUACCCUCCAGCCAGUCCUACUACCCCCAGCCAGUCCUAUCCUACUACCCCCAGCCAGUCCUACUACCCCCAGACAGUCCUACUACCCCCAGACAGUCCUACUACCCCCAGACAGUCCUACUAUCCCCAGCCAGUCCUACUCACCCCCAGCCAGUCCUACUACCCCCCAGCCAGUCCUACUACCCCCAGACAGUCCUACUACCCCCAGCCAGUCCUACUACCCCCCAGACAGUCCUACUAUCCCCAGCCAGUCCUACUCACCCCCAGCCAGUCAUACUACCCCCAGACAGUCCUACUAUCCCCCAGACAGUCCUACUACCCCCAGACAGUCCUACUACCCCCAGACAGUCCUACUACCCCCAGCCAGUCCUACUACCCCCAGACAGUCCUACUAUCCCCAGCCAGUCCUACUCACCCCCAGCCAGUCCUACUACCCCCAGCCAGUCCUAGUACCCCCAGCCAGUCCUACUACCCCCAGCCAGUCCUAGUACCCCCAGCCAGUCCUAGCCAGUCCUACCCCCCAGCCAGUCCUACUACCCCCAGCCAGUCCUACUACCCCCAGACAGUCCUACUAUCCCCAGCCAGUCCUACUCACCCCCAGCCAGUCAUACUAUCCCCAGCCAGUCCUACUACCCCCAGCCAGUCCUACUACCCCCAGACAGUCCUACUAUCCCCAGCCAGUCCUACUACCCUCCAGCCAGUCCUACUACCCCCAGCCAGUCCUAGUACCCCCAGCCAGUCCUACUCACCCCCAGCCAGUCAUACUAUCCCCAGACAGUCCUACUACCCCCAGCCAGUCCUACUACCCCCAGCCAGUCCUACUACCCCCAGCCAGUCCUACUACCCCCCAGCCAGUCCUACUACCCCCAGCCAGUCCUAG